AUGCUCGCGGAAUCAAACGACAUGUCUCCUGGUGGCGAGGAAGCGCCUAAACUGCGAACUGCCUGUGAAAAUUGCAGGCAAUCCAAGGUGAAAUGCAACUUGUCCAACAAGGAUACGUGUAUUCGCUGUCUUCGCCACGGGUUACAAUGUCGAUACGGAUUUGCCAAUCGGUCUGGCAAGCCCAAAGGCAGCAAAAACCGAGCUACGUUGAAGAAAUUGGGACAGCUUCCAGAGAGUCAAGCAACGUCUAUGCAUGCGUGGGAGAAAGAAAAUAUGGCGUUUGCAGUGGACUAUACUUUUGAGCUCACUGAGCAGCAUGGAAGCUACCAUACAGACCAAAGUACCGAAGAUGGCAGCAAUGCAGCAGUGAACGCAUCCAUGUUCGUGGGCGACAGCUGUGCAGAUCCAUAUCCACUGGAGGACAUGAUGGCAUCAACAGAUCUAGGGUAUCCACCGGGUUCCCUAUCGCCAACGUUUCUGCAAAGAGAGUUCAUCACCAAAGGCGAAACGAGCUGUCCUCUGGCCAUGCACAUCCCAUAUACAGCGCAGCCAACGUGCGCAUGCGUAGCAACUCAGCUGUUCUACCUGAACCAACUGAGCUACAUGGCGACCGACCCAACUCACCUACGACUGGACCACAGCUUGCAGACCAUCAAGUCAACGAUAUCCGCCUGUCGGACCUUCUUCCACUGUCCCAGCUGCCCCAAAGACAACACCAACCUCCUCCUUUCUGCAUCGACCCUAGACAUGACGCUGCAGCUUCUCGGGUACUGGAUACCCAACGAAGUCACACCGCACCCGACACUACAGGAUGAACGCGUGCACAUCCGGUACGGCCACUACGAGAUGAGCUACGAGGAGAGCCGACGGAUCCGCCACUUUCUCAUCCGAGGCCUUUUGUUUCAGUGCCGUGAGGUUCUGGGGAUGGCGCGGGCAGCCGUGGACAUAUGCAUUGGACCGAGGAAAGGAAUGCUGAACUUGGAGAUGGAAGAUCCACUCUAUCGGAUUGUCUUGGGGUGUGAGGGGGUGGUGGACGUUUUUGAUCGGUAUAUGUCGUUGAGGGAGUGUAUUUGUUCUUAG